AUGUCUUUAACUGAGACAAUCACAAUUCCUCAGGUCGGUUUCACCUACAACUUGCCUAUUGGUCUGUUUAUCAAUAACGAGUAUGUUGCUUCAGCAGAUGGUAAGAAGAUAGAUACUAUCAAUCCCAGUACCGGUGAGAAGAUAACUUCAUUCUAUGCCGCUUCUGAGAAGGAUGUGGAUAAGGCUGUUAAGGCAGCCAGGAAUGCUUAUGAGAAUGUUUGGUCGAAGAUGCCUGCCGAAGAAAGGGGGUUCUUACUAUACAAGCUGGCAGACCUUAUUGAACGUGAUAAGAGCAAAUUAGCUGCAUUGGAAACCCUUGACGCAGGGAAACCUUACCAUUCCAAUGCGUUGAACGACCUUGACCAGAUUAUUCAGUUAACUCGUUACUUUGCAGGAUCGGCAGACAAGUAUACUAAGGGACAAAAUAUACCAUUGACUCACGACAAAUAUGCUUUAACCUUUAAAGUUCCUUAUGGUGUUGUAGGUCAAGUGGUUCCAUGGAACUAUCCUCUGGCCAUGGCUAGUUGGAAGAUUCAAGGUUGCUUAGCGGCUGGUAACACUAUUGUUAUCAAACCAGCAGAGAAUACAUCAAUAUCUUUACUCUACAUGGCACAAUUAUUUGUGGAGGCUGGUUUCCCCCCUGGUGUGUUAAACGUCAUUCCAGGUUUGGGAUCUGUGGCCGGUACGGCGCUGGCCAGCCACCAAGAUGUUGACAAGAUUGCCUUCACUGGUAGUACUCAAGUGGGCCAAAAGAUCAUGGAACUUGCUGGAAAAUCUAAUUUGAAAGCAGUUACUCUGGAGUGUGGAGGAAAAUCACCUGCUGUGGUCUUUGACGAUGCCAAGCUGAAUAAUGCUGUCGAAUGGGUUGCCAAUGGUAUUUACUACAACUCUGGUCAAAACUGUACAGCAAACUCUCGUAUCUAUGUUCAGGAAACCAUUUACGACGAAUUUUUGGCAAAGUUCAGGACAUACAUCAAGGAUAAUUGGACUUUUGGAGAUAAAUUGGAUCCUUUUGAUGAGAAAUGUACCUUGGGACCUGUUAUCUCGGAGGCCCAAUACAAAAAGAUUAGGGCCUACCUGGAUCAUGGCGCGAAUGAAGAGAAGUUGAACAGUGAAAAGUUGAGCGAAUUCCCCACCAAAUCAAAGGGCUAUUUCAUUCCACCAACUUUUUUCACAGAUGUGCCAUCAUCCUCUAAGUUGAGCCAAGAGGAAAUUUUUGGACCUGCUGCUGUGAUAGCCAAAUUCAGGGAUUACGAUGAAGCUAUUAAACUGGCCAACAAUACUAACUAUGGAUUAGCGUCCGCAGUAUUCUCCGAAAACAUCAGGACAACUAACAAAUUUGUUAGAGAUAUCAAGGCUGGUACCGUUUGGGUUAACUCUUCUAAUGAUGAAGAAAUUUCAGUGCCAUUCGGUGGAUUUAAGAUGAGCGGUGUCGGUCGGGAACUUGGUGAAAGUGGUGUCGAUGCAUACACUCAAUUGAAAUCAGCCCACAUCAACUUGGCCGAUUACAACUGA